UGUACGUCCCUCCCUCCUCUCCCCUGUCAGUCCCUCCCUCCCCUGCCCCAAACUGCCCCUCUGCUUCCCCUUUGUUGCUCCUAUGUUAUGGUGCAAUCGCUUGCCUCCCCUGCCCCAAACUUCCCCUCCUCGUCCCCUUCAGUCCCUACCUGUUCUGUCCCCCCCUCCCUCCCCUGUACGUCGCUCCCUCCCCUUUCCGCCGCUCCCUCCCCUGCCCCAAACUGCACCUCUGCUUCCCCUUUGUUGCUCCUAUGUUAUGGUGCACUCAUUUGGCCUCCCCUGCCCCAAACUUCCCCUCCUCUUCCCAGUCAGCCCCUCCCUCUUCUGUACGUCCCUCCCUCCUCUCCCCUGUCAGUCCCUCCCUUCCCUGCCCCAAACUGCCCCUCUGCUUCCCCUUUGUUGCUCCUAUGUUAUGAUGCGCUCGCACGCACGCGGGAGUGGUGGGAUUAUCCGUCUGGGUUUCCUAGAGUGCCCGUUCAGCUUUGCCGGGCCAUGCUGUCAGCCUUGAAUUGCUCUUGUAUGCCUGCGCUCAUACCUCAGAAUUCACCCAACGAACUCCAGAUGAUGUCUGAUGCUCCUGCACACCAUCUCUUCUGCCUCCUUCCCCCGGUCCCACCAACUCAGAAUUCUCUGCCAGAGGUCCUGGCCGUGGUCCAGGUGUGCCUUGAGGGAGAGAUUUCCCAGCAGUCCAUCCUGAGUAGACUGUCCCGUGGGAAAAAGGCAUCGGGGGAUCUGAUUCCUGAGCGGGUUGGUUGCCACUAAAGUCAGUGACUAGCUGAAGAUAUUUUUGCAGACUUUUUGAGUUUGCUGCUCUAUAUCAAUAAUACAUUUUCUGUCCAUAGUUCCAAGAUCCUGAUUUUGGCAGUCUAUCUGGGGGAAGAGUAGUGCGGACAGCAGUUCAUCCAGACUACCGGGGGGCAAUAUUGUAUUAUGGUUCUUUACUGCUUCUCUAGGGCAAUAAUUGUUUUACUUCUAGUUUGCAAAGCUUGUCGUGGUACCUGCCUUAUCAUCUUUACCUAGCAAAGGCAAUCUGUUAUAGGCUCAAAUUUUUCUUUAAUACUGCAGUAAAGAUUUGUAUCGGCCUUUGGGAAAUGGUUAUGCGUGCCUCUCGCUCAAAACUGUGUUUGACCUUUGGCUGUGAGUCUCCUGGAGGAGUCGCUUACCCCUCGGAAGAACUUGCCUCCUCUGCUGCUGAGGCUCAGUUAGAGGCCAGCAGAGAAGCUUGAUUAACUUGGUGUAUCUUAUGGGUUAACCCCCAAACUCUUGAAGUGUGUAGCUUGCUGUAUUUAUACUGAGAUGAUAAUGCUACUUCCCUGUCUUCCUGCAGCCUUGUGCCUUUAUAUGGUCACAGAACC